GAGAGAGAGAGAGAGAGAGAGGUAUAACAAGGGCAGAGAGGAAGAAGAGGAAUCAGUGGUGAAGUGACAGGCAGGGGGAGAGGUUGUGUCGUCUCGUCUCGUCCGUCCGUCCGUCUGUCUGUCUGUCUGUCUGUCUCUACCUGGCCGUCCUUUUAAACAGAAUGGCGGAAGAUCGACCUUCUAAGCAAACGGGCUCUCUAACUGCCCCCCUAACUGCCCUGCUGGUGGGGGUACUGUUUCCCCUGCUGGUGGGGGGGCAGGGGAGGGAGGACGUGUGUUUCCCAGGGAGGGGCCGUUUGUUCAGCUGCCUCCUGACCCCAAGUUUGUCCCCCAUGUUGAAAAGUUCUCGUAUGACUUGUUCGAUAAAAUCUCUAAAAGUGAAGGGGAGAGGAGUGUGAUACUAUCCCCGUACAGUGUGUGGAGUGUACUGUCCCUGGCUUAUUUCGGAUCCAUGGGCAACACUCAACAGGAGCUGCAGAGAGUGCUGGGUUAUGUUAAUAAGACACAUACGCUGUCUAACUGGAAUGCCCUUAGGUUCUUCCUUGAAAGUGGAUCAGGAGAUGCUAUUUUGAAUGUCGCAAAUCGAGGGUAUUUUUCUGACCAGCUUGACCUGAAUCGCUGCCUGACCUCACGCCUCUUUGACCUCCAGGUGGUUGACUUCACGAAAAAUGAGGCAGCACGUCAGGCAAUCAACCGAGAAGUCAACACCACUACACAAGGCCGCAUCCCAGAGCUCAUCACCUUCUUGUCCCCCAACACGCGGUUUGCCCUUGUCAACGCCAUUUUCUUCAAGGGCAUUUGGGAGACUGAAUUCGACCCCGAGCAGACACAGCCUCACGAGUUCUUGGUCCCCCCUGGCGUGUCCUCAGGUUCUGUCCCAAUGAUGAACAGAGUUGGGUUCAUGGUGGCAGGGCAAGCAGAGGGACUGGACGCGUUGAUGGUGGAGCUUCCUUAUAGAGACUCCAACGUUUCAAUGUACAUCCUGCUUCCGAACAACCCUCUGGAACCGACCACCGCCCUCACAUCCCGGCUCAACCCUGCCUCCUUUGCUGCUGCUGUCCGAGGGCUGCCGAGGGAGACCUAUGUGCAGCUUACCAUGCCUAAGUUUAAGCUGACGACAAGAUAUGAGAAUGAACUGAAGGAGGCACUAGCAACCCUUGGCAUGACCUCCCUGUUUGACCCAUCCCGUGCCAACCUGAGGGGCUUCGCUGACCCGACCUCUCCCUUGUUUGUUGACACGACCAUCCACCAGGCCACAGUGGAGGUCAACGAGGAGGGCACAGUUGCUGCUGGUGGUACAGCCCUCAUCAACACCCGCAUAGGGCCACAAAAUCCCCUCAUUGUGACCGUGAACCGACCCUUCAUGUACCUCAUCGUGGAGAAGCGGACUAGAAUUCCACUCUUCAUCGGCAAAGUGACCUCUGCCGAUGACCUCCAGAGCCUGUGAGGAGGAGGAGGAGGAGGAGGAGGAGGAGGAGGAGGAGGAGGAGGAGGAGGAGAGAAUGGUUUUGCUGUCAGAUUAAAAUUUUGAAGGAUUUGUAAAGAUAGAUGAGGAGGAGGAGGAGGAGGAGGAGGAGGAAGAGGAGGAGGAGGGAGUGGUUUUGUUGUCAGAUUAAAAUUUUAAAGGAGGAGGAAGAGGAAGAGGAGGAGGAGGAGGAGGAGGAGGAGGAGGAGGAGGAGGAGGAGGAGGAGGAGGAGGAGUGAUUCUGUUGAGAGAUUAAAAUUUUGAAGGAUUUGAAAAGAGAGACAAGGAGGAGGAGGAGGAAGAGGAAGAGGAGGAGGAGGAGGAGGAGGAGGAGGAGGAGGAGGAGGAGGAAGGAAAACACAGUAAUUUGAAGAGAGAGAGAGAGAGAGAGAGAGAGAGAGAGAGAGAGAGAGAGAGAGAGAGAGAGAGAGAGAGAGAGAGAGAGAGAGAGAGAGAGAACCACAACACUCUCUUUAAACUGUUCCGAACGAGUGUCCUGUCUGUACGUGUGUCUCGGUGUCUGUACGUGUGUAUGUACGUUGCAAUCACAAAAGCAAACAAACAAAGUACUUAAUUAUGAGGAAAUAUAUAUAUGUUAUGUACGUACGUAUGUCUUAUUACAAAUUUUAUUUCAAUUAUUUUUUGUAAUUACAGAAGUUGUAACAAAUAAUAAUAAUAAUAAUGAUAAAAUAAAUUACUUAUUAUUAUUA